UAUUUUAUUUCAAAGUAAACUGAUUACAAGACUUCCAGAAGUUUUUAUUUUCUUAUAAAAUAAUACUAAAUUUUCUUUACAUUCUUUUCAUAAUUAAUAGUAAUAUUUAUCAUGGCUGAAGAACGUAAACGGCGCAGAUCAAGUUUUUUUCCUAAACUAGUUGAAGAAUUAAAUGAAGACCAAUUAGAACUAUUUCGAAAUGUUUCUUGGGUCGAAGAAGAAAAAGAAAACAUUAUAUCAAAUUCUAAACUAUUUGGGGGAUCUUACAGAGAAACAAUAUCUGAAUUUACUGACAAUUUCAAGCUAAAAAAGAAUGAACUUCCAAAAUUAAUUGCAAGUAAACAUGAAGAAAGAAUUUGUUUAAAAGAAAAGUUACACAAUACUAAAAAAGAAAUUGAUUGGGAAACUGCUAAUAAUGAACUGACAAGUUUUGAACGUGAUUUUUUUAUUGAUUGUCCAGAUUACAAAUUUUUAGUUAAAAAAGUUCAUACACUUACACUGUAUACUACUUUAAUGAAACGAUCAAAUUUUGAACUUCACAGCAUAUUAAAGUCUUAUAAUGAACGAGCUAAUAAAGAAAUACAAAAAAUACAGGCAAAUUUCAUUCAAAAAAUUAUUGAAGACAGUGGUGUUGGGAUUUCUUUUGAUAAAAAUGAUUCUUGUUCUACAACAUCUGAUGAAUCUGAAUUCUGAUUUUGUAUAAUAAAAUAUUUUUAUAAUUUGAAUCAUAAAAUAUUCAUUGUAAUUUUAGACAAUUUUUGUAUCCUUAUUACAAUUAUAAUAAUUUUAUAUCUUUUUAA